AUGGGUGGAGUUUAUCUUUACAAUCUUUCUUUAUCUCUACAUCCAUCCCUUCUUAAUCGAAGUUGCCCCGCAACUUCAUUUAAAAUGGUCCAUUUUGUUGUUUUUUACCAUUUUUUGUUGUGGGCGUUUUUAUUGUGGCAUUUUGUCGUUUUGGUAUUUUUUUCCAAUUUUAAAAAUUAUACUAUUUAAGCCGGGAAAAAAUAGGAUCUUGUUCAUUUUUCCAUU